GACGCGAAGGAGUUGCAGAUGUGAAAAGGACUUCUCCUCCUCCGGCGUCUGCUUCGACCGAGCUUCGCGGCAUCUCCAUGGCGAAGUAAGUUAGUACCGACGGUCGAAGCGAUAGGCGUCCGCCCAUUUGCUCUCGCGAUUUUUCCUGCUCUGUUUCCUCUUUCUUUCCUUCUUUCCCCGCCGUCGUCGUCCCCUCCUGCUGCCUGCUACUGUAGCUCCUCCUGCCAUGUCUCGAUCGGCGCGGAGCUGGCUUGUCGAUGGCAGAUCAAUAGCAAAGAAAGUGAAAAAUGCUACCUUGUCCACUUCUUGUCAGAUCAAAGACUGUGGUGCAAAUCGCGAAUGCCCAAAUUGUCAUUUUUUUAUCGAUAACACUGAUGUUUCACCGGAAUGGCCUGGCCUUCCUGCUGGAGUAAAAUUUGAUCCUUCUGAUGGUGAGCUCUUGGAGCACUUGGCAGCAAAAUGUGGCAUUGGAAACUCAAGACAGCACGUGCUGAUUGAUGAAUUUAUUCCCACACUUGAGUGGAACGAAGGAAUUUGUUAUACUCAUCCUGAAAAUCUUCCUGGUGUCAAUAAAGAUGGAAGAAGUGUCCAUUUCUUUCACAGGACCAUGAAUGCUUACGCCACUGGACAACGAAAGCGUCGUAAAAUUCAUGAUCAGCAUAAUCUGAACAGAGAGGAUGUUCGCUGGCACAAGACUGGCAAGACCAAACCUGUUGCCAUUGAUGGAGUUCAUAUCGGAUGGCAGAAAAUAAUGGUUCUUUACAAAAGUUCAAAGAAGGGGUCAAAGGCUGCUAAAUCCAAUUGGGUGAUGCAUCAAUAUCAUUUGGGCGCAGACAAGGAGGAGAAGGAUGGGGAAUAUGUGGUCUCCAAGAUCUUCCUUCAGCAACCCAAGGAGACUGAAAAGAAUAAUAAUAAUAAUAAGGAGAAUAAUGAAAGUAUGGAUAUUGAUUAUCAGGAUGUAACGACUCUUCAAACUAAUCCAAGGACCCCUAAACCAAAUCCUCUCAAUCCACAUCAAACAGAAAAAUUUGGUCUGCUUGAUGAUGUCGCUGAGGGAGAUAUGAAGUCAUCUGAUCAGGAUAUAUUUAAGGAUAUUCAGCUCGAGGAUGAUGAGCUGUAUCCUGAAUGGUUGGCUGGUGAAUCUCAGCCUCUGGAAGACUUUGAUUUUGGUUACAUUGACGGGCUUUUGUUUCACGAAGAGCCUUCCCGGUCUCAUUCUCCCUCCAAUGAUAGAGGAUGCAAUCUCGUGCCUCCAACAUCACUUCCGGAGAUAAAUGAGGUGGUAAAUGAGGUAGUAACCGACGAAAAUGCAACCUAUGGGAUCUCUGAACUUGCGAAACUAGACUUUGAUUCUCCACCAGAUUUCCUGCAUCCUGAGCUGCCAUUUGGUUCCCAAGAGGGCAUAUUUGAAUGGUUAGGACGCAUAUGAAAAGAUACGACAAAGAACGAACCUCCAAAUUGUUGGGGGUUCCCAAUUUUGCAUGCUGGAGCUGGCUCAACCCACCACUAAAGUAUCUUUUGGUGGAUCAAUGUCUAAGCCAAUUACUUUGAGGGAACAUUGAUGCUUGCCCCUUCUCAUCACAAACUUGGACUUAGACAUUAUUUGAUAUGCAUCGCUACCAUAGCAUACCGAUUGUGUUGCUGCAAGCAAAAUGUUUCACCUCCUUAGCAAGCUGAAAGUCAGCUUUUUUACGACUUCUUACCAGUUCCUGUCUUAUGGGAACCUACAUCAUUCUAUUCCGAGCGGGUGGUUGAUGUUCUUAAUUUGUGUCUGCAAGAUGUGUGGCUGUUUGUGGUAAUGCAAUUCUUUGUUGUUCGGUGCCUGUAAAUGUAAAGAACAUCGGAUUUACAUUUUGGAUGAUAUUCCGCAAAAUGUAUUCAUGAAUAUGUUAUUUACUC